CUUAUACUUAUCAUUUAUAGUAUACAAACUAUACUGUUUUGUAUGACUAUCACAACAGUAUUCAAUCAGCCAGUGAUUGCUGUGAUUGUGACAGUCAUUCUAUGGAUGCUUACAUAUGCCGUACCACUUGGUAUUUGGAAUCCACAGUUUCACCGAAACAUGAAUAUAAUUGGCACGAAUAAGGCUCGACUGUUUACAUCGAUAUUGCCUAAUAUGGGACUGGCCUGGUGUAUGGCUGUGGUCGGUCAGUACGAAGUUAUGGGUACCGGUGCCAAAAUGUCGUCUAUAUAUCACGGGACUGCACUCUAUGGUUGGCUAACAUUGGGACUGAUUAUGCUUGUAAUGGUUGCCUCGUGUUUCCUAUAUAUCCUAUUAAUCUGGUAUAUAGACAGUGUGUGGCCAUUUCAGUUUGGAGUACCGAAACCGGUAUAUUUUCCAUUUCUUCCAUCUUAUUGGUGUCCGGGUCGGUACAAACGUAAUGAUAACAAUAAUAAAGACAGCAAAUCUGAUUUAGUGAUCGAUACGAGAAAUUUUGAGAGAGAACCCGACACAAAGGUUACCAUUGCUAUCAAGAAUUUAUGCAAAGUUUUUAGCAGUUUUGGUGGAGUCGGUCGAAAAGUGGCCGUCGAUGACGUCACUCUUAAUAUCUACGAUAAACAGAUAACUGCUCUGUUGGGACACAACGGUGCCGGCAAGUCUACCACAAUGAAUAUGAUUACCGGCAUAUUUCCGCCUACAAGUGGAUCAGUUAGUGUUAGUGGCUAUGAUGUUGUCUCAGAGACUUCGAAUGCCAGACGUAGUAUUGGUUUGUGUCCACAGGAAAAUAUUAUUUUUAGUGAGUUGACUGUAUACCAACAUCUCAAACUAUAUGCUAUACUCAAGGGUUUCUCAUGGAGUGCAGUGAACGCCGAAGUUAAACAUACAUUAGAAAUGUUGAAAUUAAUGGAUAAAAUGCAUAUAAUGGCCGAAAAUUUGUCCGGCGGUAUGAAACGUAAGUUAAUGCUCGGUAUUGCUGUUAUUGGUGGCACACAAACACUAAUUCUUGAUGAGCCCACCUCUGGUAUGGAUCCCGAAGCCAGACGAGUCAUUUGGGAUCUGUUACAGCAAUUGAGAAAAGACCGAACAAUUUUAUUGACCACACAUUACAUGGAAGAAGCGGAUGUUUUGGGUGAUAGGAUUGCCAUUGUGUGUGAAGGACGGAUCAAAUGUUGCGGUUCGCCAAUGUUUCUUAAGAAACGAUUCGGUGCUGGAUAUCAUUUGCGAGUUUGCAAAAGCAACGGCUUUAAUGAAUCCCAAACCACACAAUUAAUUCAAAAAUAUAUGCCUAACUGUGAAAUUCAUAGCGACAUUCAGUCAGAAAUUGUCUACUCAUUAGAGUCCAACAAUGAAAGGUCUAAACAAUCUAAACAACAAGUGUUUCCGCAAUUGUUUAAUGAUAUCGAGCAAAACAAGGAACGACUGGCUAUURCUUCUUUCGGACUGACAAUCACCACAAUGGAGGACGUGUUUAUUCGAGUCGGUAACGAGUUUGACGAUAAUAUCGACAGUACUAUCAAAAAUGGACACAAAGAGAGCGACAAAUUAUUGGCUAAGAGAGAAAAAAAUGAACACUUGACUGGUUUUCAACUAUUUUCAAGUAGUUUUGUUGGUCUUCUAGUCAAACGAUUUCAUUACGCCAGAAGAUAUCUUCCGAUGAUAUUCUUUCAACUGGUAUUGCCGGCCAUACUAUUUAUGAUAGCACUCGGUAUCGAUUACGCCAUUAGAAACUCAAUUAAAGCCGAAUCCAAGAAUUUAGAGCUCAAAAUUAACGAUAUGUACGGAUCAACUAAAGGUUUCUAUAAAAAUCAAGAUAAUGUUGACAAACAUUUUGGUGAAAUCUAUCGAAACAAUGCCCAUAAGUACGAUGUGGACAUAGAUGAGCUACAAAAAGAAGACAUAAAUAUGUGGGCUUUAGACCAUUCCUCAGACUUAGAAGAAUAUACUCACCGCUAUCUAACUGGUCUGAGUAUUUCCAAAGACAAAGCCAACAUAUGGUACAACAAAGAAGCCACUCAUUCGCUUCCAUUGGCAAUCAAUCUGUACUACGAAGCGCUAAUCAAGUAUUUGUUUCCCGACAAAAGUGACAGUAUGUCCAUCAGUUUGCAUAACUAUCCGGUUGUGGGAAAUGAGGCCACUUUUAAUUUAAUGAGUUUCAUAUUUGGUUGGGUUGUUACCGCACUGUUACUAACACCCAUAACCGUACCAUUUUUGGCGGCAUCGUACGUACUGUUCCCGAUCAAUGAACGUAUAUCCAAAGCAAAAUUAUUACAAUUGAUGACCGGUCUGUCACCACUGCUAUACUGGUUCUCCAAUUUUAUCUUUGAUCUGCUAAUGCAUACGGCGGUCGUCAUUAUUAUCUACUUUGUGUUCGGAAUGUUUGAUUUUAACUUAAUAUUCUUCGGUCAAUCUUCGACAGCCAUCGGUCUGUUUCUGAUGCUAUUCUUGUUUGGUGUGGCAUCCAUACCAUUAGCCUACUGUUUCUCACUAAUAAUGAGCAAAGCAUCGACUGGUUUUGCCAUUUUGGUCAUACUUUAUCUGAUAUUCGGAAUAAUCUCAACUUUAAUCCUCAGUGUUAUUGAUUUUCUAAUGCAUUUAAUGAAUUUGGAUAUUAUGUCCGACUUCUGGUUUAACUUUAUAUUGUUUUUCUUGCGAUUAGUUCCAGUAUUUUCCAUGAGUUUCGGCAUACAGAAGCUCUAUAGAGUCGGAUCAUUGUUUAUUGUAUGUCAAGAUUUAGAGAAAGUUUCUAAAAUGAAUUUAUCGUCAAUCUGUAUGGUUAUGACUAAUACAACUCUUUUGAAAGGCUGUUGUCCUAACUUAUGUCAAGCAACCAAUGAGUGCUAUUAUAACAACAAUCCCCUAUCGUUUACUAAUCAGGGAGUCGGACAUGAGUUUGUUUUUCUGAUAGCCACCGGUAUCCUCUUUAUGGCUUUACUUUUCAUAUUUGAAGCUGAUUUUAUACGAAAAUUAUUAUACAUGUUGUUUGAUCGAUUGCAAUCAUUUCGUUCAUCUGGCAAUGGGACUGUAGUUUCGGCAAAUGGCCGCCAAUCGGCUAAUGAAGAUUCGGAUGUUGUGGCCGAGAAGUAUCGUAUUGAGGGACUCAAUGAUCAACGAAAGUUAUCCACUGAAGCCUUGGCGGUCAUGAAUUUAAGCAAAUCGUUUGGUUCGUUUCGAGCGGUCAAUGGAUUAACCUUUGGUGUACAUAAAGAAGAGUGUUUCGGGUUAUUGGGAGUCAAUGGCGCCGGAAAAACGACAACAUUCUCGAUGCUUACGGGAGAUUUGAUGGUCACCACUGGCAAUGCCUUUCUUGACAAUCUGUCACUCAGAAACAAUAUCAAGAGUUUUCAACAAAACAUUGGUUACUGCCCUCAGUUUGACGCACUGCUCGAUAAACUGACCGGUUGUGAAAUGUUGUAUCUAUUUGCUCGACUUCGAGGAGUUCCUCAAAACGCCAUCCAAACCGAAGUGGAGAAUCUAAUAAAAAUGGUUGAUCUCCAAAAUCACGCUAAACGUCGUACUGAAACAUAUAGCGGCGGCAAUCGCCGUAAGCUAUCCCUGGCGAUUGCCAUUGUCGGCAAUCCUCCCGUCAUAUUUCUUGAUGAACCAACAGCUGGUGUGGAUCCAACCGCUCGACGCAAGAUCUGGUCAACACUGGUCUACAUUCAAGAGAAGUUUCAGUCAGCAAUAGUAUUGACCUCACAUUCCAUGGAGGAAUGCGAGGCAUUGUGUGCUCGAAUAGCAAUUAUGGUUAACGGACAGUUCAAAUGUUUGGGUCCCGUUCAACAUUUACGCAAAAAGUUUGGACAAGGAUUUACCAUUAUUAUCAAAUUGAUCCGUGAACUCAAUGAUAAUCCUAAAUAUGUAGCCAGUGUUCAACAACACAUCAAAAAUGCCUUUCCUUCAGCCGUCCUAAAGGAUAGUCAUCAAUGUCUUUUGCAUUAUCAUAUUCCCGACACAUCCGUCCAAUGGUCGCAUCUCUUCUCAGUCAUGGAAGAGACCAAACAAAAUCUCAAACUUGAAGACUAUCUCGUGUCUGACACGACAUUAGAGCAAAUAUUUUUGGCAUUCGCUAAAACACAACAACAACAACAACAAACCUAAACAACACUUUCUCACUAAAUAUUUAUUUUUAUAUUAUCUGUAAUAUAAUAUGUAAA